UUUUGUCUGGCCUGCCAAAAGAAGGUGUUUCAGUUGAGCCCAUUCAGAAUCAAAAGGCUACUAUGAGGAGACGAUAACUGAUUCACAUGGAAGUUAUCGUCUGAGAGGACUUCUUCCAGACACAAUUUAUGUGAUCAAAGUUAUGAAGAAGGAUGCCUUGGCUAGCUCUGUAAUUGAACGUGCAUCUCCAGAAUUUGUUACUAUUGAGGUUGGGUCUGAGGAUAUUAGCGGGUUGGAUUUUUUGGUCUUUGAACAGCCGGAAAAGACCAUUUUAAGUUGUCAUGUUGAAGGAAAAGAAAUUGAAGAGCUACAUUCAAAUCUACUUGUGGAAAUCAAGUCUGCCUGUGACACAUCCAAGAUUGAGUCAGUCUUUCCCUUACCCCUUUCAAACUUCUUCCAGGUAAAAGACUUGCCUAAGGGUAAGCACCUUGUGCAGCUCAAAUAUAGUAUUCCAUUAAGCACCCACACGUUUGAGUCAGGAGCGAUCGAGGUUAACCUAGAGAAGAAUGCCCAAAUUCACGUGGGCCCACUCAGAUACAAAGUUGAAGAGGAUCAUCACAAACAGGUUUGUUUUGCUUUCUCCUUGAAUAUGUUCCUUUUUUAGUGAAAUAUUGAUCCUUGAUGUGACAGUUGUGAUAUCA